UAACCCUCAAGAGAAGCACUGGGUAUGGGAUACCCAGGUAUAAAUUAAAAAUAUUUCUCCUUCAGAAAUGGUUACAAUGAGAAGGUGACUUUACCUAGGGGAAAAAUCUCUACUAUCCCCACUACAGAUUCCCCACCAUAGUUAUCUUGAGAUGUGAAUACGGACUAAAAUAUAGGCGGCCGUAGUCAGUCUAUGGGUAUGCGCUACCCAGUGCUGUUGUAGCGUCAGUAUUUUGUUAUUUUAUCUGACUCAACGUUUUGCAUAAAAUUGUGUUUUUCAGUUCUUUUUUUGUAUUUAUAUAAUUAGAAUUCUAAAAUAUCUAUUUUAAAAGAAUUCUGAUCGAUAUUUUAUAUCAUCAGUCAGUUUUAUUAUAUAUAUUGCUUAGUUCAAGUGCAUUUUUUGGAGUAUUUACAUUGAAAUUUUACCGAUCGUGACAGUUUUUCCUCAAAAUGAAUACACGUUCUCGUACUCGCCGUGCGUCUGAAGUAAACGCAUUAUAUGAGGCUGCAGAUGUUUUUGACGACGAAGAAAGUGAAAGCGAGACUGAAUCAGUUUUUGAAGUGCAGCAUAAUGAGAGUGAUGAAGACGGAAGCGAAGAAGAGCAGGUAGAAGCUGUUGAAAGUAAGUCAUCAAGCAAUGAGUCUGAAUCAAUACCUAGUACAUCAGGCAAGAGGAAACGUGGUCGACCAAGCUAUCUGCGUGGCAAAAAUAAUUACAAAUGGUCUCUCAACAUACCUGAUAGACGGGGUAAGCGUGCUCAUACGGCAUAUACUGCAACUCCGAUAGGCCCAGCAAGCAGAGUUACGAGCCCAUUAGAAGCUUGGAAUGUGUUUUUUGAUGAAGAAAUUUUGAAAAUUAUUUUAAAAUAUACAAAUCAAGAAAUAACACGGAAAAUCGUAGAUUAUAAUAGAAGAAAUAUUCAAAUAAAAUCACAUCAUAAAGAAGUAGAUAUGGAUGAAUUGAAAGCCACUGUAGGAUUGUUAUAUUUUUCUGGUUUGCACAAAACAAAUCAUACUAGUGUAGAAUCUUUAUGGUCACCUUAUGGAAUGUCUCUUUUCAGAACCACAAUGGCUGUAAACAGAUUUAAAUUUAUAAUUUUAUGUAUUAGAUUUGAUGAUAAGAGUACACGAAAAGAAAGAAAAGCAGAUGACCCAUUUGCAAAUAUCAGAGAAAUUUGGGACAAAUUCAUAAACAAUUGCAAAAAUAAUUAUCAGCCUGAUUCUAAAUGUACAAUAGAUGAACAAUUGCUUUCUUUUCAUGGCAGAUGCCGUUUUAGAAUGUAUUUACCAGCUAAACCAGAUAAAUAUGGUCUCAAAGUUGUAACUUUGAAUGACUCUACAACACAUUAUUUAUUCAACGCUAUUCCUUAUUGUGGCGCAGUAACUGAUAAAGAUCGUAAUGAAUCAGUGCCAUCUUAUUAUGUCAGAAAAUUGUCAGAACCAAUUUACAAUACAGGUAGAAAUAUAACGUGUGAUAGAUGGUUCACAUCCAUUCCCAUAUGUGACAAAUUAUUAGAUGAAUACAAUUUAACAAUGGUUGGGACAAUUAAUAAAAAUAAACCAGAAAUUCCAGCUUCGUUUAAAAUUGUAAAACCCCAAGAUGAUAAAAUCCGGUUCGCAUAUAAUGAUAAGAAAAUUCUUGUUUCGUUUAAUCCUAAAGGCAAAAAGAUUGUAUUAUUAUUGUCUUCAUAUCAUCAUAGUGCUAGAAUCGAUUCAGACACUGGAAAGCCAGAAAUUGUAACAUUUUUUAAUAAGACAAAAGGAGGAAUUGAUAGUUUCGAUAAAAAAUGCCAUGAUUUUACGACUGCUCGAAAAACCCUGAGAUGGCCAAUGCGCUAUUUUUAUGGAAUGCUGGACCAAGCUAAUGUGAAUUCUUUCAUUAUUUAUAAUUUAAUAAGUAGUAAUAAAACGAUAACUCGGAAUGAUUAUAUUUUAGAUCUAUCUUUAUCUCUUAUUAAGCCAUUUUUGAUAAGAAGACUUCAACUGCCUACUUUACAAACGACAUUACGCUCACAAAUAGAAGCUUUCCUAGAUUAUAAAGAUUUACCUGAAACAGAAGACCCUAGAGAUUUGAUAGCUGACAAUAAACUAGAAAAAUAUAAGCGAUGUGGAUUUUGUCCCAGUUCAUUAGACCGAAAAACAUGUUAUAAGUGUUUAAAAUGUGAUAUUCCAAUGUGUAAAGAACAUACAGCCAAAAUUUGUGAAAAAUGUAGCUUGAAGUUAUAUUCUUAAUUUUUUGUAGCAUCAAUCCAUUUAAAAU